AUGGUUUUGUCCCCUGAAAAUUCUCCAUCUUCAUCGAAUUCCACACAAGAUAGCUCAACCCCACCUCCAUCAUCGAAUUCCACGGAUGAUAACUCACCAUCAUCAUCACCGCCAACACCAGAUAGCUCACCACCACCACUAACACCAAAAAGUUCGUCACCGCCGCCCCCGCCGCCCAAAAUUUUAUCACGACCACCGCCGCCACCGAAACCCUCUCCACCUCCACCAAAACAACAACCACCACCCAAGCCACCGGCAUCUAAUAGUAAAAAUCAUACUAGCAGUCCUCCUCUAUUCCACGCUCCUCCGCCUCCUCCAUUACCUUCUCCUCCUCCUCCUCCUCCACCACCUGUUAGAAAUGGUACCGGCAACUCUUCCUCAACUCCUACCAAAAGUGGCAGUGGUAGUUCCACGUCUAACGAUUCAACGUCGGAGAGUGGGUCGAAUGAGAACUCGGAGGCAAAUCUCGUUGCCGUGGUAGCUAUGGCGGCAGGAGUAUUUCUCUUUAUCUUUGUCAUCGUUUUAGUGGUAUGCUGGCAGAAAAAGAAGAGGAAAAGAAAUCCCCGAAUACAGUUCUACGGUGAACCUAAAGUCGGUGGCGAUGAUCCGUAUUAUAAAGGCACGAUGCAACGCCUAUGGGGAGAACAUGGUGCAAAAGCAACCCCACAACAUGGCAGUGUUGUUUCUAGUGGUGCAGGUGGUUCAGCUCCUGGUGGUGGUGGUGGAGGAGGAUGGCGUUCACUAUCCCCAAUCCAACCACAAAUGGUGAGCGGUGAACUAAGCUCCCUGUCAGCCGCACCUCAUAGUAAUUUGGCACCCCCGUCACCAAGUAUGACUCUUGGAAUAAAUACUGGAACUUUCACUUAUGAGGAGCUUUCAGCAGCUACUGGCGGUUUCUCUCAGGCCAAUCUGCUCGGCCAAGGCGGGUUCGGGUUCGUGCACAAAGGUGUGUUACCAAGUGGAAAGGAGAUUGCAGUCAAGAGUUUAAAAACUGGUAGUGGGAAAGGCGAAAGAGAAUUCCAGGCGGAAGUCGAAAUAAUCAGCCGCGUCCAUCAUCGGUACCUCGUGUCCCUAGUCGGAUACUGCAUUGCAAGACAACAACGGAUGUUGGUGUAUGAGUUUCUUCCAAAUAACACCUUGGAAUACCACCUCCAUGGAAAUGACCGCCCGGUUAUGGAUUUUCCGACUAGACUUCGAAUUGCAUUAGGUUCUGCUAAAGGGCUUGCUUAUCUUCAUGAAGAUUGUCAUCCUCGCAUUAUUCAUCGUGAUAUUAAAUCAGCUAAUAUUCUGCUCGACUACAACUUUGAAGCCAAGGUGGCUGAUUUUGGAUUGGCUAAGCUGUCUGAAGAUAACCACACCCAUGUCUCAACUCGUGUGAUGGGAACAUUCGGGUACUUGGCACCAGAAUAUGCAUCGAGCGGCAAACUGACAGAGAAAUCCGAUGUUUAUUCAUUUGGGGUCAUGCUAUUAGAACUCAUAACCGGGAAGCAACCUUUGGAUCCAAAAAACGCAAUGGACGACAGCUUAGUAGAUUGGGCUCGACCGCACUUGACUCGCGGACUGGAGGACGGUGACCUCAGUCCGCUGGUGGAUCCACGUUUGGAGAACAACUACAACCAUGAAGAAAUGAAACGCAUGGCGGCCUGCGCUGCCGCCAGCAUUAGACAUUCAGCUCGGAAGCGCCCCAAAAUGAGUCAGAUCGUGCGUACCCUGGAAGGAAACUCUUCAUUAGACGACCUGAACGAGGGAGUAAAGCCAGGACAUAGCACAGUGUAUGCGUUUGGAGGAACAACAGAUUACAGCAAAAGUUCAUACGAAGCCGACAUGAAGAAGUUCAAAGAAUUAGCAUUUGCAAGCCAGGAUAUGAGUGAGGACUGA